UGCCCCUUUCUGGGCUCCAGCCCCCUUUUUCCAGCCCCCAGCCUCCCUGAUUUGCUCCCCGUGGCUCCCCAGGUCCGAUGGAUGAUGUACUGGAUCGUCUUCGCUUUCUUCAUGACCGCAGAGACCUUCACCGACGUCCUCAUCUCCUGGCUCCCCUUCUACUACGAGGUGAAGAUGGCUUUUAUCAUCUGGCUGCUGUCCCCGUACACGCGGGGGGCCAGCCUGCUCUACCGCCGCUUCGUGCACCCCACGCUGGCCCGCAGGGAGAAGGUAAAACCCCAGAAUCCAGGGAGGUAAAACCCCAAAAUCCAGGGAGGUAAAACCCCA